AUGGCCGGGGCGUAUUCACGACCAAGGCGCAGCGUCCAGUUCAAACUUGCUGUUGCAGAAGGUCUCGAGCUCUCCAAGGGGCAACUGAUCGAAAGCUGCCCUGCCAUCGUCAUGGCCCGGCGGCCCAGAAGCCGCCCUCACUAUUCGGAGCACCGGCUUUUCGUUUGUCAGGACGCCGGGGCUGCUGAAGCAAUGCUGGAUGCCCAGUGA